AUGGAAGGAGAACAAAGUAUAAGUGCCAAGGAUGCCACUGCUGUUGGUGCCUAUGAUAAGGAAGUAGAGAAAAAGGUUGCCAAGAAGAUUGAGAAGUUGGAAAUCAAAGAGACAAAGAAAGCUGCUGCGGCAAGCACAAUGACAAAGGAUCCAAAUGUUGUAAAGAAGAAGAAAAACAAGAACAAGAAGGACAAGAAGAAGAAGGAUAAGAAGAAGAAGUUGAGGAUCAAGGGUCUGGCCUGGAAGAAGGAGAUCCAAAAGGCACUAGUCGAGUGUCCCGAGGUCGUCCCCCUGGAUCGUCUGAGAGCAGCUGUUAUCGCACAGCAAUUAGUCAAGGCUGAGAAGAUCAUAACUAAGCAGUUCAACAAAAAGAUAAUGAAUGAGAGCAACUUCUACAGACUGGAUGAACAUGGAAACGUUAGACGCACCAUCAAGGCCCCACCCAUUCCUAUCCAACAGUAG